GAUGUAUAUGACCUUCAGAGGCCUUCCAACUUCUGCUAUUGACCUCUUGGAAGAAAGGGCCAGGUGAAGAAGCCAGGCUAACAUCUUGGAGGAUGAGACCGGAAGGAGGAGAUCAAGACAGCCCAGCCCACAGCCAGCCUCAGUGCCAGGUGUGUGAGUGAGGCCAUCUUGAACCUUCCAGCCCAACUCUCCCUCCAGCUGAACUCAACUGUUUAAAUGAGUCUAAAGCAGCAGAGGAACGGUCCAGCUAACCCAUAGACUCAUGAGAAGUAAUACACCGUAGCUGUUUUAAACCAUAAUAGGUGAUUAAUUAUGCAACCAAAGCUAGCAAACAGAUUGUGUUCUGAAUUUUUCGUGUAACUGCACAUCGUCAUUUCCCCCACGUUAUUAAUAUAUUAAGGUUCUUUUGUUUGCAACCAUGGGAAACCAGUUUAAAUAAAAGGGGGAUACAUUAGAAGGUUCCUGGGGUAUUUCAAGCUACAGAAGGUAAAGUUGGGGAGGAGGAGAAGUCAGGGCCACCAUGGGGGUGUCAACAGUAGGAGGUCACAAGUGUCUCUCCAGAAAACUGCCAUUAACAAUGUUAAUGACUUCUGGACAACUAACUUCAAGUUCUCAGAACAGGCUUGGCCCAGCGUCUACCUCUGGAUCUUUUGGCUAUGAUGGGGGCGGGGCAGGAUGCAGAGACAGGAGACAGAAGGGAAAACAGCCCUGAGUCGGUGGAAAUCCAGCAUGGAAGCCGGAACCAGGAGCGCGGGCCACCGCGCAGGCGGCGACAUCUUGCUCGGCAGGAAAGCGCGGGGAGAGCGGGCGGCUCCGAGCUGCUGCGCCACGCGCGCAGAGGACCGGCCGACGCCGCGGGGCCGGGGGCGCACGGAGGAGGCGACAGCGCGGCGCGGAACGGCGGGCACUCGGGGCCGGCGGGCGGCACCAUGUCCCCGGGGAGCGGCGUGAAGAGCGAGUACAUGAAGCGCUACCAGGAGCCGCGCUGGGACGAGUACGGGCCGUGCUACCGCGCGCUGCUCCACUACCGCCUGGGCCGCCGGCUGCUGGAGCAGGCGCACGCGCCCUGGCUCUGGGACGACUGGGGCCCGGCCUGCGCCUCGGACGACUCGGCGUCGUCGGCGUCCUCGGGCAACGGGGCCCCCGCGCCCCAGUGCGCCCCGGCCUCGCCGCCGCCGCCCGUGGAGCCAGCGGCGCGCGAGGAGCCGGAGCAGCGGGCGCGCGCGGCCCCGGAGGAGGAGCGGGGCGCGGAGGCCGCGGGGGACGCGGAGGCCAGGGACGCGGAGGACGCGGAGGACUCGGCGCUGCCAGCACUGCCAGUGAAAGACAUAAAAGAAAAACCUGAACGACAGAUCAGGACCAGAGAGCCUGACAAAUUACCCAGCAGUACCGAACCUCAACAACCACCAAGUGCCUUACCUGCCAGAGCAAGUAGGAGAGCCGUCAAGAGUCCUCAAAGGUCAUCAGCUAAAAUAAAAGAACAUAAGCAUCCGUUUGCCCUUUAUGGGUGGGGAGAAAAACAGAUGGAUACAGGAAGCCAAAAGACUCACAACGUCUGUGCUUCUGCCCCAGUGCAUGAGAUUCAUGAAUCGGCGCUGCGAGCCAAGAGCAGAAGGCAGGUGGAGAAGAGGCGGCUGGCGGCCCAGAGGCAGCGUGCUCACUCCGCCCACGCGGACAGAACCAGGCGGGCCAAGCCUGCCUCGUCGGAGAACCCGUGGAUGACGGAGUAUAUGAGAUGCUACUCCGCCAGAGCUUGAGGGCAGGGACAGUUGCUCAGACAACCUCUUUUAAAAAGUGUAAAUUGAAAGAAAGCAAAAACAAAACAAAAGCCAUCAAAAGAAACUGGACACAGGUUUAAGAAACCAACUGAUUAUGCAAGAUUUUUUCUUAGGGAAUUUCCAAAGGAUUGUCUCUUUUGAUGAAUCCUGGUCACCUACCUCAGCAGUAGGGUGACAGUUGAAAGCCAUAGACAUUUGGUUACUUAUGAGAAUUCCCUAAAUCUUUGACAUUCUUAGAAGGGUUUUGUUUUAAAGCAUCUUAAUCUUUUAAGAUACUGACACCAGAUGCCUUUAAAUGGCUUACAGAUUCUUAACUUCAGUAUCUUCCCUCAGUUUAGGUGGAGCCUGUGUUGCUCCUGUUCUGAACGACUUCUGAGAUUCCAUAGCUGGUAAGAUCACACCAGCUUGCGGCAGAAGACUUAUUUUCCUUAUGUGUAGAUUUCUUUGUGAAAGAAUAUCAAAUUAAAAGUGAGUUUCAACGCUAGUAUGGAUUCCAUGUAUAGUGAAAGUAGAGCUUUGGUAGUUCCUAACAAACUUUCUUUUGCAUUUCAGUUCAGCACCACUUCAUAUGGACUGUGAUAUUUAAGAAUUUAAGAAUUACUGGGCUGGGUGAGGGUCAUCUUUUCUCUUUAAAUUGUCAUCUAGGCACUUAUUAAUAGUUUAAUAGUUCGAGCGCAUUCCAGUAAACAAGGUGCCAGUGCAGUGUGUUUAGAAGUAGUACUGGUUUCUUUUAAGUCAAAGACUGUCACUUUUUAUUGUGAGAUUUUUUAAGAACACAUAAUGGGGUACCGUUCACUCGCUGCAGUCUGGCCUUUUGACACACAACCACUGCGGACUUUUGCCGCCUUUCUCAUAGUUUGGCAAUGACAUUUAGCAUUUAAUUGUCCUGCUCAUUGGGGAUAGGGACAGAUUUUAAGAUACCCAUUAGAGAUGUGGACCAACCCUACUUUCUCCUCCAUAGAACUCACCAGUGACCAAGCCUUGAUGAUGUACAUUGUUCAGACUUUCGGUUGAAAUACAUUCCUCCUAGGCUCCUAGCCGGUGGGUCUCGUGUAGAACCUAAUGCGAGAGGAUGCUGGUGUGUGCGUGGGCAGAGAUGUAUGUAAAUGAGGUGCUCCUUGUCUCUAGUACAUUGGCUUUUGUGGUAGAAAGUGAUUUUGAGAAACAUUGGUGUUCAUCCAGGAGAGAAAAGAAUCUGCAGGAAGGAUGAAUGGUAAACUCCUCAUAGGAGAGAAGGAAGUACUUUGCCAACUUAGCACAUGCAGAUGUGUGAAUGAAAAUCUGAUGUUUGAUGUGAGUUUGAGCAUUUCCUUGACAUUUUUUACUCUGGGUCUUUGAAGUAUUAUGGUCAAUUUUUAGAACACAAAUGUUUUAUUCCAUGUAAAAUCUUCACACAGUAUCAUCUUACACAACUGUAUUAAGUUUUGCAAACUCACACUGAAGAAUCAUGAGCUUUUUUAAAAAAAAAAAACUUUAAAAAUAUUUGCAUCGUUUUUAGGUGAAUACAUUGUGAGCUCUCCUGGUCACUGCGAUGUAUAUUUAGUAUGAAGAAGGUCUCUGUGUUGUCCAAAACAACCUCGCUAGUGAUUCUGGUGAAUCUUGCUGUUAUUAUAGUCCUUAAACAUUGCAGGUACCUAAAGAUGAAAUUCCUGUGGCGUCGUGAUGGUGGAAACUGUUUCUUUAAAAUCACUUUCUGCAUGUUCGGUUUCAGCCACUGGCUCUGGCAUCCCAUUCCCGUUGCAGCUGACAAUCUUAGGAAGAGGCCGAGGGGAGUAGCUUGGGUCCACACUGAUGGACUGUCUUAGAAACCCGACCCUUCGAGGUUCUGAGCAAGCCAGACUCUCUCCUUUAGAAAACAGACCCAUAUUCAAUGUGCUUACUUAUUACUGCAAACUCCAGAUGCAGAUCUGGAAGAACCUAGAGGGCAAUACUGGCCAAUUUUUCCCCAUUUUUAAGUAGAGGACAAAUGAACAAAAUUUUUAAAGUACUUUUAAUGUGCAUGAACAAUGAAUGAGUCAAUAUGAAGUACUUGUGAGUCCCCUUCCUAUGUCCAAGUCAUUAGUUGGUUAGGGUUUCUUUACUUUUCUUUCUCUUUAGGGGUAAAGAUUAUCUUUUAAGCCUACAAAAUGUUUUAAGUUGUAACAAUUUGAUGUCCUACCUUUUCCUUCUCAUUCUAGAAACUGAUGUGAUCAUGUUCCCAUUUCUUUGGACAACUUAUAAAAUGGCAAGGUAGUUUAAAAUUACCUAUCAUGUUGAAAAGUUUGAAACUGAGAAUCCAGUGAUAUUUAAAAUAUAGAAUAAAAUAAUUGCUACUUAAGACUCUUUUUAAAAUUUUGGUUUUAAGUUCUUAAUUAAACCAAUUUGCCAUAAACAUGUUUUCUGUGUUACUUUUAUUAAAAGCAAUAAUAGAAUAUUGAGUAACACCUGAAUACCUUCACUGGACCGAGGUGAGUGAGAACUAAAUAGGGACCUGUCCGUUUUCUUUCUUUUAAAACCUAAAAGAUCGCUCUUAUUUAGGAGGUGUCAAAAUGCUUGUACUCCCCUACUGUCAGAAAAUGUCCAAGCACAUAUAUACAUUUUUUCAAGUUUGCUAAAAGUAAAAUAGGGCAUAGGUUAUCUGAAUUAACUUGUAAGGUACUAAGCACACGUUUGUGGUGCUUCUUAUGAAAUAGCUUUGUCAUUGAUUCAUCAAAUGUAAAUUGCUAGUAACCUGAAAGGUGUGUACACUGGGUCACAUAAACUCAACCAACUAAACUGCACAAAAGAAAGAUGGCUUUUGAGUUCUAAGGCUGUGCUGGGCGUAAACUUUUACCGGUGGAAGGUUAGUACUUGAUAAAGUGUUCAAACGUAUUAUUGGCAAAGAGGGAGAGAGGCCAAGCAUAUGUUAGAAGUGAAAACAAGUUUCCUUGUUGACUGCUUCAGUAGAAAACGGUUUAGCGGAUAGUUUUACAUUUUACUGGAGUAGAUUAAAAAUGGUGCUAAUAUUUACACAGUCUGCUUCUGUAGUUGGUUUGGGAUCAAACUGUCAAUGCCUGACUCAUAAGGUUCUUACUAUAGUCUUGUGAUCAGCUAAAUAAUAUUUAAAAAGUGAUCCUAAAAGUGUGACCUUGUUUUUGAAAUGGAUUUUGUACAGUAGGAUGAAUAGGGAGCUCUUCAAUGUAAGGUGUGUGCUUAAUAUCAAAUUCUGUGCAAGGAGUGAUGUCUAGGUUUUGGGCCCAGAUUUGCUCCCUUCCAGCCUGCUAGUGUGAGAGGGGGGAAAAGCUGCUCGUCUAUUACUUAUUUCCAUUUUGAAAGUCAGGACACCUGAGUGAAGACAGUAGAGGCCUCUUUUUGGAUUUCUUUUGUAAUUAGCAAAACUGUAUUUAAGAACAGUCUCCCAGUGUUGUUAUUGUAUGUUUAUUUUAAGCACUGCAUUCACUUUAACAUUCUGAAGAACAAAGGCUGGGCGCUUACCAUCACAGGGCUCAGGCAGUGGGAAUUUGGGGCUGUGUUUUCUAAGAACUAUGUAUUGCUUUUUGCUUGUCUUGAAUAUUGCAGUUACUUGGAAAAAUGUGAAUAAAAUUCAUUAAUGUUACAGGCUGAAACUUCUGUGGAAAAUAAUUCUGAUUAGCACAUAAAUGGUUGAAGAAAGUGGAUGAUCACAUUGACCCCUAAAUGGAUUUUUCAUUAGAUAAAUGUUUAACAAGAUACGUUCGAUACAUCCAGGAAAAGACACGUUCUGUGUAUAUACUUUGCAUGAAAUGCCACAUUUUCCCCAGUCUUUCCCUCACGCCUUCUUAUUGUUUUGAAAAUUACAAAAGUGAUAGGGCAUGGGUAAAGUAACUCAAAGAGAAGUUAUAGAGUAAAAAGUGCAGGUUCCUUUCAGUACCACCCCCUCACCAAAAUUCUACCCCUCUCCUUAGAGGAAACCAGUGUUAAGUUUGGUGUGUAAACUUCCAGACCUUUUUUCCAGGCACUUGGGGGUACAUACACACUUUUUCUUUUU